AUGAUAUUUAAGAACAAAGUGGGAGGACUGACACGACUCAACUUCAAGACCUACUGUAAAACUACAGUAAUCAAGACAUACACAUUUUGGAACUUCAUACCCAAGAACUUAUUUGAACAAUUCAGAAGAAUAGCCAACUUUUACUUUCUUAUCAUAUUCCUGGUGCAGCUGAUUAUUGAUACGCCCACAAGUCCAGUAACAAGCGGACUUCCACUGUUCUUUGUCAUUACUGUCACAGCCAUCAAACAGGGCUACGAGGACUGGCUCCGCCAUAAAGCCGACAACGCCAUGAACCAGUGUCCUGUGCACUUCAUCCAGCACGGCAAGCUCGUGCGGAAGCAGAGUCGGAAGCUGAGAGUUGGGGACAUCGUCAUGGUGAAGGAGAACGAGACAUUUCCCUGUGACUUGAUCUUCCUUUCCAGCAACCGGGGAGAUGGGACGUGCCACGUGACCACUGCCAGCUUAGACGGAGAAUCGAGCCAUAAAACUCAUUAUGCAGUCCAAGACACAAAGGGCUUUCACACGGAGGAAGACAUUGACGGGCUCCACGCUACCAUCGAAUGUGAGCAGCCCCAGCCCGACCCCUACAGGUUUGUGGGUCGCAUAAAUGUCUACAGUGACCUGAACGACCCUGUGGUGAGGCCAUUAGGAUCAGAAAACUUGCUUCUUAGAGGAGCCAAACUGAAGAACACAGAGAAAAUCUUUGGUGUUGCUAUCUACACGGGCAUGGAAACCAAGAUGGCUCUAAAUUAUCAGUCAAAGUCCCAGAAACGAUCUGCUGUAGAAAAAUCCAUGAAUGUCUUUCUCAUCGUGUACCUGUGCAUCCUCAUCAGUAAAGCACUGAUAAACACCGUCCUGAAAUACGUGUGGCAGAGUGAACCAUUUCGAGAUGAGCCGUGGUAUAAUCAGAAAACUGAGUCAGAAAGACAAAGGAAUCUGUUCCUCAGAGCCUUCACCGACUUCCUGGCCUUCAUGGUCCUCUUCAACUACAUCAUCCCCGUGUCCAUGUACGUCACUGUCGAGAUGCAGAAGUUCCUUGGCUCCUACUUCAUCACCUGGGACGAAGACAUGUUUGACGAGGAAACGGGGGAAGGACCUGUGGUGAACACCUCGGAUCUGAAUGAAGAAUUAGGGCAGGUGGAGUACGUCUUCACGGACAAGACGGGCACACUCACAGAGAACAACAUGGAGUUCAAGGAGUGCUGCAUCGAGGGCCACGUCUACGUGCCGCACAUCGUCUGCAAUGGGCAGGUCCUGCCAAACGCCUCGGGCAUCGACAUGAUCGACUCCUCCCCGGGCGUCAGCAGCAGGGAGCGUGAGGAGCUGUUUUUCCGGGCACUCUGUCUCUGCCACACUGUGCAGGUGAAAGAUGACGAGGACAGCGUGGACGGCCCCCAGAAGUCGCCGGACUCAGGGAAAUCCUGCGUGUACAUAUCGUCCUCUCCUGACGAGGUGGCACUCGUCGAAGGCGUACAGAGACUUGGGUUUACGUACCUGAGGCUGAAAGACAACUACAUGGAGAUACUAAACAGGGACAAUGAUGUUGAGAGGUUUGAAUUGCUGGAAAUCUUGAGUUUUGACUCAGUAAGAAGGAGAAUGAGUGUGAUCGUAAAAUCUGCUACAGGAGAAAUUUAUCUGUUUUGCAAAGGAGCAGAUUCCUCGAUAUUUCCCAGAGUGAUAGAAGGCAAAGUCGACCAGAUCCGAUCCAGAGUGGAGCGCAACGCGGUG